AUGGCAAACGAACUCUCUGCUGAAACUCUUUCCACGAUUUUCGAAUAUUUAACAAACGAGGAAUUAUUCAAAAUCGUUUUUGUCAACAAAUCGUGGUGUAAUUCGGCAGUUCGAGUGCUUUGGCGAUCGCCAUUUGAAUUUUAUAAUGAGUUGAUUGAUGAUGAAUAUGAAGAGAACGUAAAAGACGAAAGACAAAUUAGAAAAGGAAAUGCCGUGAUACGUACUUUGAUGACUUUUCUGGGGGAAGACGAGGAAAAAUCGCUUGUUGAACAGGGACUCGAAUUAUCUUCGAAACCAAAAAAGUCCGCACUCGCAUUUAAUUAUCCGUCAUUUAUCAUUGUCUUUGAAUACACCAAUAUUCUAUUAUCGAUCGAGGAUUGGCUUGACACCUCGACAAAAUUGCAACGUCAAAAUGAUCGUUACAAAAUAUUACACGAUGAGAUAUUCAAAUCAUUGAGUAAAUUAAUUUUCGCGGAAUCGCCCGGAAUUGAAGAAUUAACUUGCGUCACCUCAUACAAACUCAAUCUAUUUACUAUUCCAAACGCAGUGAAUAGCUUGUCGAAAAUCAAAAGAUUCUCGAGUGAUUUCAUGAAUAUUUCAAAAGAAUUUUUCAUUGCAGCGUCUCAGCAUUGUGUCGAAAUUAAACACCUUUCACUUCGUCACUGUACAGAUGACGAAGUCUUGGUAAACUUUAUUGCUAAUCAACAAAAACUUGAGGCUUUCGAAGUUAAAGGAAUCGAUGAACCAUUGCCGGAGGUGAUCGAUGUAAUAAGAAGUAAAGGUUCGACAUUGAAAAAAUUAGUUAUUGAAGAAGUGAUCUCAUUGCCGCCGACAUUGCUUGUUGGUUUGGAAAAUUUGGAAGAAUUUAGGUUAAAACAUUUUUAUGAUCCUACCAACGAAGACCUUCAAGAAUUUUCAGAUACGAUGGAAGGAAUCGCAGAGACGCGAUUCAAUAAUUUGAAAUCUUUACACUUAUUGAUCGACGAAGCAGAUCCUGAAAUUCUUGCACGUAUUUUAGAGAACACGGAUAUGAAACUGAAAUCAUUCACGUUGAGUUAUUUGAAAUUUGAAGGAGAAUUAGACGCAAACGAUUUAUGGGAAGCGAUUGCAGGAUUUUGUCCGAUGUUGGAGGAACUGCAUCUGGAAACAUUUAAUCUAAACGAAUUAUUCAUCGGUCUUCAAAUUAUUUUCGGCGGAUGUUCUCUCCUACGAGCAUUGACUAUUUCAGAGAAUAAAGAAGGUGAUGGUGAAUACGGACCAUAUGAUGUUUCAGACGAACUUGCCAUAUUGGGGCCUUCAAUUCCGCCCACUUUACAGAUUUUUGAUUUAAGCCAAGCGGAUGCAAUUUACACGCCACAAGCUCUUGAAGAAUUCCUUGAUGGAUGUGCCGAGAAAUUGAAAAAACCGUUAUCGUUGAAGCUGGAAUCUCAGUAUCUUGAACCUACGCAUUUUGAUGUUCUGCAUUUGUUUGGCGAAGAAGAGGCUAAUGAGAGUGGAGACGAAAACAUUGGAGAAAGAAUCUUUACUAUUCUCCCGAGACCUAAUUUGGAUGCGGCAGAUAACGAUAAUAAACAAUAA